CAUAUUGACAUCCAUUUUAUUUUCGGCUGUAGAAAUUAAAAAAACCUAACUUGGUAGGCACGAAAGUGUUGUGGUUUGCAUUAAAUCAGUAGAUCUAGGUCUAGAUUUAAAAAUCUAGGUAGAAGCUACUGAUAUAAUUUUUAAAAUGGAAGAGAAGCGGUCCUCUGGAAGGGCAAAAAGACAAGCAAAAGUUCUUGAUGAGGGAUCAUGGGAUUGCAGUGUGUGCACUUUCAAAAAUUCACCAGAGGCAUAUAAAUGUGAAAUGUGUGAUGUUAGAAAAGGAACAUCUACAAGAAAGCCAAGAAUAAAUCCUCAGUUGGUAGCAUUGCAAAAGGCUCAACAGUUUGUACCACCUCCAAAAAAAGAAAAGUCACACUCUUCUCGAAAAGAGAAGGGUAGCGAUAGUAAUUCAGAUUCAAAUCGUAUUCCAAGAUUGAAAAAUGUUGAUAGAAGCCGUCCAUCUCACCUGUCAGUCACAGUUGGAAAUGUUACUGUUGUAGUGACAGACUAUCAACCCAAGCCAGAUCCUAGACCCUCUGACAGCCAUUUAAGUUCAGAUGCCAGUGAUACAAAUUCAAUUACUGCCCCAGAUCUAACGGAUGACUCUUCCAGGGAUACAGGUGCAACGUAAUUCAUAUUUCCUUGGAGUUUUUGUUGUGUUUUUAAGAAAUGACUUAAUGGUGGUAGCAUUAUUGGGGGGUUGUUGUCUCAAGAUUUCAAUUCUUCAUUAUCCAGUUUUGACAAAAAAAAGUUGAGGCAACGGUUUAUAAAAAUUGCAUUACAAUUAUGCUGAUAUAAUUCAUCUGGAACUUGAUGCUGGUGAUCUAAAUAGGGCAGAGUUUGAUGUUACAACUAACGCCCUUAUCACACUAAUAUACAAACAGGAAAUUUACACAAAGAACAAACAUACUUGCUUCCCCCAUAAAUAUUUUUAUUGCUUAAGCUGGUUUUAGUUAUGGUGGAUAUUUGUUGUGUUUAAAUGUAUGAUCCCAAUGUUAGAGAUGUGUUAAUUCUACUGACCCAUAAUGCAUCUACUAGACUACAAAUAUAUUUUUGUCCCAAAUGUUCUUGUUUAUGUAUGAAGAUCAGUUUCUCAUUUUUUGUUAGUCCAAAUGUGAUCUCCUUUCACUGUUUUACAUGAAUGUCUGUCUGUUAAUAAGAAUUGGUGUUGUACAAAAUGCAUGAUAAUCUUUGUUUUAAAAUACAUUUUACUUAUAUUUAAAUAUAAUUUCUGCAUUUUACAUUAUAAUUAUAUGAAUAUGGUGUUAUCUUUGAAAAGUGUUUGAUAAGUUAUGUUUAAUGGCUUUUAUUGCUUCAGGUAGUUUUACUUUAUGGUUGUAGAAAUUCGGCUCUGUUCAUGGUGACUAGCUGAAAACUGUUAUUGAGGCUUAUAUACAUUAGACAUACACUGUUUGCACAACUUCUUUGUGAUGUUUUCUCUUGUUUACUGAAUUUUAAACUGUAUUUAAUGUUCUGUUUUAUCUCUAUAAAUGUUUAAAAUAGACAAAUAUUAGGAUUUCUUGUCAGUUUCAAAAUACAAAAAGGUUUAAUUGGAGGGUUUUAUAUAAGAAAGUUGUGAAUAAGUGCCUGUUGUCGUAAACAUAAAUCACCAUGUUGAUUCUUUUUGUAGGCUAGAAAUAAGAAAACAUUUUUGGGUAUAUAUGAUGUGCCACAACAAUUUAUAGCCUGUAAGAUUUUUAUUGUUAAUGUAUUUUAUAACUCUUUGAUGAAAACAAAACAAAAAAUAACAAAAAUGACCCCUGAUAAUGUACUUCAUACACAGUUACAAUAACUAUAAUGAGCUACCAUUUAUUUAAAAAACUUACCCAAGUUUAAAAAAAAUUCUCUUUACUUGAACCUCAUAAAAUAGUCUAUUUUCCUUUAAUAACUGUCAAAUUGUGCAAAGGCAGCAUCUUUAAUUUGGAAUUUUUUUUCCUAAAUGUUAUAUUCAUCUAAUAAUCUUAAAAAUAAAGAAUAUGUUAAUAUAUUUUAAACAAUUUGUAGGGCUAGCUAAUUGAAUUUACAGCUUACUUAAAAGUUAUUUCAUUAUAUGGUAUUUUAAAAUAGAAUAAAUGGAAUAUUUGCAAACAUUUUUCAGGGAUUUUCAUUGUAUGUAAAUUAUUUUAUUCAAUUUUAUUUGUAAAAUUAAAUUGUUGUUAGUUAGUAUUUAUUGUUUUCAUUUAGUGUGAAGUAGGGCUGUCAUACUUUUCCACUUAAAUGAUUUUAAUUUGUAAGAUAAUUGGUUUUGUAAUAGAUUUUUUUCCCUCUGUAAAACAAAUACUUGUUUCUAAAUUAAUUUAGCAUGACUUACAAUAUGGUAAUGAUUAUGCAUUGAAAUUGCGCAUAAGUAAUGUUUGUCUAAAUUUCGCAUAUCAAGGACAAGAAUGCCUGCACACACUCAUUGAAUGAAAAAUCUCCCAUUAACUUGUAAAUAUUGUAAAUACAACCAUCCAACAGAUGUGCAUGAAAGCUCAUUAUUGAUACAUUCUCUAUGCUGCACACUUGUCUGUAGUGAAAUAGUCACAUUGUGUCUUAGAGGUAAAUCUGUCAUUUGCUUUAGUUGUCAAACACCAGAAGACUCAUUAUAUAUAAUCAUAGUAUCAUAUGUCAUGUUCUGAUAUAAUUUUUGUCUUCCCUUUAUGAAACAAACUUUAUUUACAUGAAUAUUAAUCUUGAAUC